GUGCGCCACGUCGUCGUAACCGACCCUAGCUCGCGCGUUGCGGCGUUCCGCACAGGGCACGUGCACAAGGAAGCCGUCUUCCCUGCUUUCGGCGCGGACGACGACAUUGCCAUUCGCCAGCAGAUGGGAGACCAGUUGUUUGUCAGCGAGUCGGUGGGCUUCGGUGUCGGCGGCAUUCAUAUCAACCUGCGCAACGCGCCCUUUGACGAUGCGCGCGUGCGUAAGGCAUUGCAGCUUGCCGUUGACCGCGAGGCGAUGAUCGAGCUGAUUCACCCGUCGGGCGGCGAGGUGCAGUGCUACUACCCCUGCAUCUUCGAUUGGAUCUACUCGGUCGAGGACUACAUGCAGCUGCCGGGCUUCCGCUUCGACAAGCACGCUGAGGAUGUCGAGGAGGCAAAGCGCCUGCUCGCGGAGGCGGGUUACCCCGACGGCUUCGAGGCGACCAUAACCUUCCGCAAGGUCGGGCCGUACCCCGACUACUCGGCGAUAGUCGCGCAGCAUUGGAAGGAAAUCGGCGUUGACCUCACACUACGCCCGAUGGAGAGCGCGGCAGGCUUCGCCGCAUACCAGCAGGGAGACUUCGAGAUCAACUGGCAGGGCACGGGCUUGAACUUCCUCGACCCGGAUGCCGCCAACGACCUGUUAUGGCUGCCCACCGCGGGCCGCAACUACCAGGGCUGGGUGAACGACGAAUUCCUCUCGCUGUUCGACCAGGAAAAGCAGGAGGUCAAUCAGGAGAAGCGCGGCGAGCUAUUGCGCCAGAUGACCGAUAUCCUGCUCGACGAGGUGCCGUACAUACCGGGCACCCAGGGUAUCGGCUUCCACCUGCAAUACCGCUGCGUGAAGGACUAUACCCAGCCACGCGCGCUUGGGCAGAACAACUACCGCUUCGACCGCGUAUGGCUCGACCAGGAAGCGCCCUGCCGCUAG